GGGCGCCAUACGAAAUCAGCCUUCCAGCCCGAUUUAGCCACCAAAAAUGCUGCCUUAUUUACUUGGGAAUAAGGCAAAAGUCCACCUCCACCUGCUGAAUCUGAAAGGUCUCCACCCACUCCACCGCUUGCCUGAAAGCCUCGUCUUCUUCGCCUUCCAUUCUCGAUGAAGCACUUACCUGCCGCCGCCCCCAUAUGGUCUCUGAGCAGAUAACCUGCCGCCGUCUUUCCAUUACGACGAAAGACCGCCCAGUUAAGCUUAAGCUUUCCGGGAGCCGGCUUCUUCCACACACCUACCUGCGGUUUAUUCAUUUUGAAAGCACCAGGUUUUCUCUUACUCGGAUUUCAACCAUGGAAAUCGAGAAUGUAACCUCUGAUGUGACGAUGGACCCACCUCCUGCUAGCAAUCCAGGCAGCCUUCCAGUUAAGCCAAACUUCAAGCCACUUACAGCGCAUGAAAUAUCCGAUGGCCAGGUGCAGUUCCGAAAAAUUCCUGUGCCGUCGCAUAGAUACACACCUUUGAAGAAAGCCUGGAUGGACAUCUACACCCCAAUCUUUGAGCAGAUGAAAGUUGACAUACGUAUGAAUCUCAAGGCCCGUAGGGUGGAGCUAAAGACCCGACCUGACACCCCUGACAUCAGCAACAUCCAGAAGUCCGCUGACUUUGUGCAUGCCUUUAUGCUGGGCUUUGACAUCUGCGACGCUGUUGCUCUCCUCCGGGUGGACGAGCUAUAUGUUGAUUCAUUUGAGAUCAAGGAUGUGAAAACACUCCGAGGGGAGCAUUUGUCCAGGGCGAUUGGAAGGUUAUCUGGUAAAGGAGGAAAGACCAAGUUUGCUAUUGAGAACUCGACGAAAACACGCAUUGUGAUUGCUGAUACUAAGAUUCAUAUACUAGGUUCAUUUACAAAUAUAAAGGUUGCAAGAGAUUCACUUUGCAGUCUGAUUAUGGGGUCUCCUGCUGGGAAGGUGUAUUCCAAGCUUAGAGCAGUCACUGCCCGUUUGGCUGAGAGGUUUUGAUUAAAUUAUGGUGAAUUUAACACAUAAGUAUUUUCUGAAAUUUUGCAAGGGUUCUCUAGGUGACAUUCCUGCUUGUCUUGAUAUUGUAUUCAUUACAAAAGUGUAGCUGAAUUGAGUGCCUUUUAUCAGAGUUGUGUUGGCCCUGCCUGUGCUCAGCUUGUUCUUUCAUGUUAAAACAUGAUUUCCCAAUUUCUUGUUUAAAAGAGAUUUUCUAGGUUUACUUACAAUGUCGAUAUCUGCUAUUCAAAAAUGAAAGACUAUUAUACUAGCA